AUGCCGGGAAAUCAAGUCAUUCCACUGCCACUCCAUUCAUCAGCUAUCCAAUCCAGGCUGUCUAUUCAAUCUAUUCUUUCUGAAACAACAACGAUGAUAUUCCCGCUCGCGUCGCGCUCAUUUUCGGAUAGGCUGGUCGCAUCUGCAAUGGAGACGCCGCAUCUUCUGUACGCGCUUCUUGCGACCUCAGAUAGCCACGCACGGCGCAGGAUGACGUCUGCUGGGGAUACAGAUGACACAGUAUUAAGAUUCACAAACGACGCUAUAGCCGGGCUGCGGGCGGCCUUGGCUAAUGGAGGCAAUGCACAUGGGACGGCCAUGACUGCCAUGGCGUUGUGCACUAACGACGUAUGUAACGGGAAUCUGGACGUGUUUAGGAUGCACCUUGAGGGCGUGCGAGGGAUGUUGCUAUCCAGGAUGAACCGGAAUCGCAGCGGCGGUGGCGGCGGUGACCUUCUUGAUAUCUACCUGUUUAAAUGGUUUGCGGCGCUGGACGUCUCGGCUGGGCUGUCGCUCUUCCACAAGAGCUCUCUGUUGGACAGUCAACUAUAUCGGUCUUGUCGGCAUAUUUUGGAUAUACGAUCUGAGAAUAAUGGGUAUGUGGAUGAUAUUUGCGGCUAUUCCCUGAAACUCUUGCCGAUUCUCGCAAAGAUCGGAGAGCUGGCGAGGUUGAGAUAUAACCUAUCGAUGAACACGGACGAUACUGCGGCAUUAAUUACAAAGGAUCUCGAAAUUGAUUAUGAAGUGGAGGCAAUCGAAACAAAGAUUAAGGCACUCCCACAACCAAGUUACAGGCAGGAACGGUCUCAGCUGGCAGACGAACUGAAACUCUCGCACUCUGCAUUCAUCCAUACAGCUCUCAUUCACUUACAUCGACGUGUCCAGUUGCUAUCCAAGGAUCAUGAAACAGUGCGGACUGAUGUGCGCAAUAUACUAGAAGCCGUGAGCAAGCUUCCUGAUUCAUCCACCACCAAUAUCCUCCUCCUGUGGCCCAUAUUCAGCGCCGGUUGUGAGACGGAUGAUAUUACUGAACGGGCAAUUAUAGAUGAACGAAUGUCACACAUGCAGUCGCUGGGAAUGGGGAAUUUUACACGGGCCAGAAAUGUGCUCAAUCGGAUUUGGAGUUCAGGGACAUAUUUGCGGUGGGAUGUGUAUCUGGCGGAGUCUGGGGUGGAUUUGGUGUUGUUUUGA